CAAACUCUGUAUCAGUAAGAGUGUAAUAAUAGAACGAGCAAACUAAGAACAUAAACAGAAAGUUUGGAAGAGAUGCUUAAAAUUCGCAGCAACUUCAAUGGCAUCCAAGCUCUCAACUUCAUCCAUGGAUUCCACCAUCUUCUACUCUAUUCUACUUCAUCUUCAAUACCUACCCAAGUCAACUCUGGUUUCACAGAUUACUUGGUUGAUUUUCUAGGGUUUUCCAAGCAACAAGCUCUUUCGACUUCUACUAAGCUCAUUCACCAUCGCUUAGGUCGAGGUGCAAAAAAGGUCAGUGAAUUCUAUUUCAUUGAAAAUGCUAAUUCUGUGAUUACAUUCUUCAAACAAAUUGGAUUGGAACAAUCUCAUAUUCGAAAUGCUGUAAUUUCUGAUCCCCAAAUUUUGUUGUGUAAUGUUGAUAAAACCCUAGCUCCGAAGACCCAAGUUCUUCGUGAUUUGGGGUUUUCUGUGUCUGAUUUUGCUGGGCUUAUAAGGGUGAAUCCUUCUAUAUAUUUUAUGGGUUUAGAUUCCAAUAUUGUUCCUGCAAUCCAAGCUUUGAGAGAAAUUAUGGGAUGUGAACACCUAGUGAUUAGAAUUCUGAAAAAAUCCAAUGGUUUGAGGCUUUCUUGUAUACCCAAAGUGUUGGUGCCUAAUGUAGCUUUGUUAAGGAGUUAUGGAAUUUCCAUUGAAUCAAUCCAGAAAUGCCUACUUAGGGAUGCAUCCCCGUUCCUUCGAAAACUCGAUUUUUUUGAGAAUGCAGUGAUUAAGGUUGAAGAGAAAUUGGGGAUUUCUCGAGGGUCUCCGCAGUUCUUGUCCGGUAUUGUGUUACUGACCUCUGUUAGCGAGAAGACUAUUGAAUCGAAACGAGAAAUGUUUAAAAGUUUUGGGUGGACUGAGUCUGAUAUUACAACUCUUUCAUCAUCAAGCCCUUUUCUUUUGGCACUCUCUGAAGCUACCAUCAAGAAAAAGUUGGAUUUUCUUAUGAACGAGCUGGGUUACGAGCCUAGUUACUUGUCAAAGAGGUGUAACCUGUUAACUUGUAGCCUGGAGAAGAGAAUUUUGCCUAGACAUAAGACACUCACUGUCUUGAAGGAGAAAGGAUUUAUUAAGGCAGACUACAACCUUCAAACUUACAUUUCACUGACCGAGUCUCAGUUCUUGAAGAAGUUCGUGCUACCAUAUAAGGAAGUCCAUGGAGUUUAUUCCCAACACACAGGUAUUAGUUUGGAGUUGCUGACUCUAGGAUCAUCGAAAACAGAUUCCAAUGCAUCUUGAUGCUUGCAAAAAUGGAUCCCAUGAACAUUGCCAUUGAACCAGUGAAAGAGCUACUGGAUGCACAAACUCAUGUACGGAAUCAUAUUAACUCUUAUAUAAGCCUCAUGGCGUUAAAGUGUGCAAUUCAGCUGGGCAUACCAGAUGCCAUUCAAAAGCAUGAUAGGCCUAUGACUCUUGCGGAGCUAGGUACAUCACUGUCUCUCCAUCCAAAUAAGGCUCUUUCUCUAGGCUGGUUAAUGCGCCUUCAUGUUCAUACCAACUUCUUUUCCAUGCAAUUAUUAUCAAGCAGUGAAGAAGCCUUUGAGCUCACUUAAAAUCCCAACUUUUAUUGAAGGAUCACCCUUUCUCUCUAGUUCCUUUGGUGUUGAUGGUACUUUAUCCAAUCUUUGUUGAAUCCUCACAUAAUCUCUCUAGUUGGUUUCAAAAUGAUGAUGUCAUUCCUUUUCAUACUGUUCACAGAAAGAGUUUAUAGGAAUAUAUCUCUUCUGUACCCGAGUUUAACAAGCUUUUGAAUGUGCUAUGGCCAGUGAUACUCAAUUUGUUGUGAACUUGUUGAUGUCUAGCGAUAAGUUCAAGGGCUUAUGGGAGGGGGUUGAAUCGUUUGUUAAUGUUGGUGGUGGCAAUGGAACCUUAGCUAAGGCCAUUGCUAAGCUCUUCCCUGAGUUAAGGUGUGCCGUGUUUGAUCUCCCGCAUGUGGUUCAGGGAUUAACAGGGUAUGGCAAGAACUUAAUAUAUGUUGGAAGUGAUAUGUUUGAGGCUAUUCCUCCUGCUCAAGCUGUCUUACUCAAGGUAAAAUCCCUAAUUGUCAUUUCCAAGUUUAUACCAAGCUCUACUAUAUUUCUUAUUUUCCUUCAAUCAAUUAAUGCCCAAUUUUCAUCUUUUGUUAAUUAUUUUUGAAUAAAUUUACAUUGAGCAAAUGAAAUUUUUAUCUAGGAAUAGAGGGAGUAAUAUAGCUGUCGUCAUGUUUAUGCACUAUUAGAAAUAACUUUCGCAGUGGAUAUUGCAUAAUUGGAGUGAGGAAGAUUGCAUAAAAAUACUUGAGCGAUGCAACGAGGCAAUUCCUAGCAAAGAAAACGGAGGCAAGAUAAUUAUUAUUGACAUGGUGGUGGAGAACAACAACGAGAAUAACAUUCCCGAUUACUUGUAUUCCCAGUUAUUGUUGGACUUGCAGAUGAUUAAUAUUACCAAUGGGGUAACCGGGUAAGGAAAGAACUGAAGAGGAAUGGAGAAAGUUGUUUAUCAGUGCUGGUUUGAAUGACUAUAAGAUAUUUCGUAAUCUAGGGUCAAGGUCUGUUAUUGAGGUCUAUCCCUUAUAAUUUUCUAGAUGCGCAUGAUAUCCGUAAAUAUUUUACUGUUCAGAUAAUCCAAAUUAAUGGUUACAUUAUUAAGCUGUAAUGUUUUGUGCAAUGAAUUGCUAUAUGCUGCACGUUUUUUGUGCAAUUGCUAUUUCAGAUGGAGCCCAUGGAGGGUGGAAGAUGAUUUAAAGACGAGGCAGGACAUGGGUGGUUGUGACUUGUGAGUUGGAAAUUUACAAUAAUCGUGUUGACGUAGUGUUAUCGACGUCAUAGGGUGAGUUUGCUUCUGAAAACUGAAGAUUUUUUGUUGCUCAUUUUACAAAUGUUAUUGUUGGUGAAAUGCUAAUUAGAGGCCUAGAGCCCUUCAAUAAUGCAACCUCAUAUGAUGCCUGAUACUGAUCGCUCAAGAAUCUUGUGUCUUUGUAUGCUAAGGUGGAUUCAUAAUUACGCUUCUUUGGACACUUGCAUAUCUGUAAAUUUCAGGGAGAAAGAAAUAAAUAUGUGACUAUCGUACAACCUCACUAUUGUCUUAGUCUUUUGUCCCACCAUUUUGUAUCACUAUAUGUUACUCAUUAGCAUACAUGUUAGUAUGUUACACAUAGGACAUAUUUCCUUCAGUUGUCAUCUUUUCAUUGUAGCAUAAAUUGACAAUCUACCCUCCAAAUAAUGGGAAUUGUAUUGACCAUUAAUGCACACCUUGUAAUAGUUUUGUUAUUGGUUGAUGAAUCAACCAAUCCUGGCAGCCUGUCACUUUAUCUUUGGCAUUUUACUAAAAAACUUUAUGUUACAUUAGCUAGAUAGAAUUUUUUUAUUGUGUGUGUGAAGCGCAAAUGGAUCCCAUGGGCAUUCCCAUUGAACCAGCAAAAGAGCUACUGAGUGCACAAACUCAUGUAUGGAAUCAUAUUUUCUCUUACCUAAGCCCAAUGGCGUUGAAGUGUGCAAUUCAGCUAGGCAUCCCGGAUGCCAUUCAAAAACAUGGCAAGCCUAUGACUCUUACGGAGCUAGCUACUUCAUUGUCACUCCAUCCAAACAAGGCUCUUUCUCUAGGCCGGUUGAUGCGCCUUCUUGUUCAUUCCAACUUCUUUUCUAAGCAAAUAUUAUCAAGUAGUGAAGAAGCCUUUGAUCUCACCGUAAACUCCAAACUUUUAUUGAAGGAUCACCCUCUCACCCUCGCUCCUUUUGCGCUUAUGGUACUUGAUCCAAUCUUUUUUGAAUUGUCACAUAAUUUCUCUCGUUGGUUUCAAAAUGAAGAUGACAAUCCUUUUCAUACUGCUCAUAGAAAGAGCAUAUGGGAAUAUAUCUCUUGUGCACCCGAGUUUAACAAGCUUUUCAGUGAUGCUAUGGCCAGUGAUACUCAAUUUGUAGUGAGUUUGUUGAUGUCCAAAGAUGAGUUCAAGGGCUUAUUGGAGGGGGUUAAGUCGUUAGUUGAUGUUGGUGACGGCAAUGGAGCCAUGGCUAAGGCCAUUGCUAACCUCUUCCCUGAGUUGAUGUGUGUCGUGUUUGAUCUACCACAUGUGGUUCAGGGAUCAACAUGGUACGGCAAAAACCCAGUAUAUGUUGGAGGUGAUAUGUUUGAAGCUGUUCCUCCUGCUCAAGUUGCCUUACUCAAGUUCAUUUUGCAUAAUUGGAGUGAUGAACAUUGCAUAAAAAUACUUGAGCGGUGCAAAGAGGCAAUUCCUAGCAAAGGUGAAGGAGGCAAGAUAAUUAUCAUUGAUAUAGUGGUGGAGAACAAUAAUGACAAUAGCAUUCCCAAUUACUUGAAUUCCCAGUUAUUGUUGGACUUGCAGAUGAUGAAUACUGGAGGUAAGGAAAGAACUGAAGAGGAAUGGAGAAAGUUGUUCAUCAGUGCUGGUUUGAAUGACUAUAAGAUAUUUCGUAAUUUAGGGUCAAGGUCUGUUAUUGAGGUCUAUCCCUUACAAGUUUUUAUACGCGGAUGAUGGCCGUAAAAUUAUUUCAUUCUUAAGGUGCAGUGGUUAAUUAUGUUGUUCAAUUUGUUUAGCUAAAAUAAUCCAAAUUAUUUCAUUAUUACGUUGUAAUGUUAUGUGUACUUAUGCUGUUUGGUUUAUAUAAUUAAGAGUGUUAAGACAAUCAAACUUACUUGAUUGUUAAGCUGUAAUGUUUUGUGUAAUUAUGUUGUUAUGCUUGUAUAAUCGAGAUAAUCAAAUUAUUAAGGUGUAAGGUUUUGUGUGUGCAUGUAAUAAUGGAAGUGACCUUUUGCGAAUAAGGUUACUGGUCAUUGACAUAAGGCUCUGUUUUAUUUUAUUUUUACA